AUGGAUGUGAAUGCUCUACGGGACCGUAUACAGUCCACGCUCGACGCCAACGCCGACAAUCGACGACAGGCCGAGUUGGACCUCAAAUAUGCCGAGACUCAGCCGGGGUUUAUCAACGCUCUUUUAGAUAUUCUGCAGGGCGAGCAGAAUAACGCCGUUCAGCUGUCUGCGGUCGUCUACCUCAAAAACCGAAUCAAUCGCGGAUGGGCUACCAAUGAAGAGAACCCUAUACACAAGACUAUUUCCGAAGAAGAGCGUCCUGCUCUGCGUGAUCGACUGAUCCCAAUUCUCGCUGCGUCGCCAACCAACGUACGCGCCCAGAUUAUCCCGAUCGUCACCAAGAUCCUCACGUACGACUUUCCCGAAAAAUGGCCUGGCUUUAUGGACAUCACCCUGCAACUGCUGGGCGCCAACGAUGCAAACUCUGUCUUUGCCGGUCUUCAAUGCUUGCUCGCCAUCUGCAAGGUCUACCGCUUCAAGGCGACUGAGAAACGCGGGGACUUUGAUAAGAUCGUCGAGCACUGUUUCCCCCAACUACUCAACAUUGGGAGCAGGUUGGUGAAUGAGGAAAGCCUGGAGGCUGCAGAAAUGCUCCAUGCGGUGGUUAAAUCGUAUAAGCAUGCGAUUUACUUUGAGCUUCCGCCACACCUGAGAACUCACCAGGCUACCGUGGACUGGUGCACCUUGUUCUUGGGAAUAGUUUCCAAGGCGCCGCCUGCUGCCUCCAUGCCCGAGGACGCCGAUGACAGGGAGGGUAACCAUUGGUGGAAAUGCAAGAAGUGGGCUUAUGCCAACUUGAACCGUCUUUUCAUCAGAUAUGGCAACCCGACCACAAUCACGAAGAACACGGCCAACGAUUCGAUCUCGUACGCCAAGUCAUUCAUUAUAACGUUCACUCCUGAGAUUUUGAAAGGCUACCUUCAGGAGGUUGAGAAGUGGGUCAAGGGCCAAUGGCUCAGCAAGCCUGUGCUUUCCUACACCUUGAUUUUCCUUGAAGAGUGCGUCAAGCCCAAGUCAACAUGGGACCAUUUGAAACCCCAUAUGGAUACUCUCAUCGCACACUUGGUCUUCCCACUGCUCUGUCAAUCAGAUGAAGACAUCGAACUCUUCGACACUGAUCCACCCGAGUAUCUUCACCGAAAAUUGAACUAUUACGAGGAGAUAUCCGCGCCUGACGUUGCCGCCACCAACUUCUUGAUUUCGCUCACCAAGAGCCGAAAGAAGCAAACAUUUUCGAUACUACAGUUUGUCAAUGGCAUUGUCAGCAAGUACGAGUCUGCGCCUGAUGACCAAAAGCUUCCCAGGGAGAAGGAGGGUGCCUUGCGCAUGAUUGGCUCUUUGUCUUCCGUUAUUCUGGGCAAGAAGAGCCCGAUUGCCGACCAAGUCGAAUAUUUCUUCGUUCGCCAUGUGUUCCCUGAGUUCCGCAGUCCUCAUGGAUUCCUCAGGGCCCGUGCUUGUGACACUCUUGAGAAAUUCGAGCAGUUGGACUUCAAGGACCCUGAGAAUUUGAUGAUCAUCUAUCGCAAUAUCUUGCAGUCCAUGGCCGACGAUGAUUUGCCUGUGCGCGUCGAGGCCGCUCUCGCUUUGCAGCCUCUUAUUCGCCACGAGGUGAUCCGCACUUCGAUGCAGCAAAAUAUCCCUCAAAUCAUGCAGCAACUGCUGAAAUUGGCCAACGAAGUUGACGUCGAUGCAUUGUCUAAUGUCAUGGAAGACUUUGUCGAGGUUUUCUCUGCCGAAUUGACUCCGUUUGCCGUUGCUCUGAGUGAGCAGCUGCGUGAUACCUAUAUGCGCAUCGUCCAGGAGCUCCUUGAGCGACAAGCUGCCAAGGGCGAUGAAGAAAACUACGGAGACUUCCUCGACGACAAGAGCAUCACAGCUUUGGGUGUUUUGCAGACCAUUGGAACUCUUAUUCUGACCUUGGAAAGCACUCCGGAUGUCCUGCUUCACUUGGAAACGAUUUUGAUGCCUGUUAUAACGAUCACGCUAGAGAACAAGCUUUAUGACUUAUAUAAUGAGAUCUUCGAGAUUAUCGACAGCUGCACAUUCUCUGCCAAGUCUAUCUCGCCUACCAUGUGGCAAGCCUUUGAGAUGAUCCACAAAACUUUCAAGGCCGGCGCAGAACUUUACUUGGAAGAUAUGUUGCCCGCUCUGGACAACUUUGUUUCGUAUGGCUCGGACAUGCUCAUUCAAACUCCUGCGUACCUGGCAGCAAUCGUGAGCAUGGUCGAGGACAUUUUUCACGAUGAAAAGGUUGGUGGAGUCGACAGAAUCUGUGGUUGCAAGCUUGCCGAGGCUUUGAUGCUGAAUCUCCGUGGAUAUGUUGAUCAAUAUAUUCCCAUCUUCAUCGAGCUGGCCAUGAACGUGAUCAACAGUGGUGAUGCUAAGACCAAAUCUUAUCGCGUCUACCUCAUGGAAAUGGUUGUCAACUCUAUCUACUACAACCCGGCGCUGGCUUUGCAGGUCCUUGAAGCCAAGGGCUUGACGAACAAGUUCUUCAGCGCAUGGUUCUCUAACAUUGACAACUUCCGCCGUGUCCAUGAUAAGAAACUGUCCAUCGCAGCUAUCAGCUCUCUUCUGACACUCAAAGGCAACGAUGUGCCACCCAGUAUCCAACAAGGCUGGCCCAGACUACUCCAAGGCGUUACUCGGCUCUUCCAGACAUACCCCGCUGCUCUCAAGCACCGUGAGGAAGCUACCCGAGAGUCAGAUUAUACAUUCGAUGAGGAAGAAGAGGAUGAACUCGAGGGUGAAAACGAGUGGGAUGGCGAAGUCGAAUGGAAUGAUCAAGAUGAGGCUGAAGGAGCCGGUGAUGACGACGUUACUGAUGAGAACACUGCUUAUUUGGACUUUUUGAGCCAAGAGGCCCAAAAGUUCAGCUCCUUUGCAGAUGACGAUGACGAACUGGACGAGGAAAGUCUUCUCGAGACGCCUCUCGACAAAGUUGAGCCAUAUACUCUGUUCAAGAAUGUCAUGCUCACAUUGCAACAAGAGCAGCCACAAUUAUACGAUAGUUUGACUAAGAUUUUAACAUCGGACGAGCAGCAAGUGAUACAAUCAGCUUUCCAAGAGGCUGAUAAAACCAGCGCCUCAAUUGCGGCCGGUUUAGCCAAUGGAGGUAAUUAA